AGGAAACCAAGAGGCCAGCCGACAAUUUUCCUGUCAUACUGUCCACAGCAGUGUCGUUACUGCAUAAUUUUCAUCGUAACAAUGCAUCAGAGACCUUGCCAGUAUCCGUGCAGCAAUAUCUCAAAGUAUCGGACCGACCGAGUCAGGUCAUGAAAUUACAUGUUUUAAUAGCUUUUCUCGUAUUUAUCUAUGCCUCUAAUGCAGAAACGGUGGGGUUCAGCAUACAGAACCACCGGUUCGCUAUUUUUCGUGAGCCAGCUACCUAUUUGGAGGCAUUGGCAGCGUGUAGCACAUGGAUAUUUAGUGGUGAUGUAACUGGGGCUCUUCUUCCGACGUCGCUGCUCGGCGACGUGUUUGCACAUGACGAGCCACAGACGGCGCAGGAACUGCGGUCUGCGCUGGCGGAGGCCGCAACCCGCCAAGGGGAGCAGCAGCCGUGGGCGCUGUGGACCUGGGAUGAGUACCGGGUCUGCCGCGCCGCCAAGCUACUGCCUGCUGGCAACGGCGGCAGCGGUGUGGGGCCGGACCUCGCGUUGGUGACCACGGACCGGCCCUGCAGCUGGCGCCUGGCGUACGUGUGCGCGGAGGAGCAGGCGGUGGUGCUGGCGGCGGGGCUGUCGUCCUCAUCUGCCUGGUACCGCCGUCACUUAACGCCCGGGGCCCCGGCGCCGCUGCUGCCCAGCCCCUAUGCCGCCGCCUCUGCUGCUGCUGGGGCUGCCGGCGCUGGCAGCAGCAGUGGUGAGGGGGGCAGCAGCCAAGCCGGGCUGGCGCUGUACCGGAGCGGCUUCGUGGCGGGCGGGCCGCUGGGGCGUGUCUUUGGUGCAAACUUUAAUGUCAGUACUCUGACAACGGAGGUGGAGGACGGCGCAGACCGGUUCUGGCGGCUGGGGCCCGUCGUGAGCGCGAUGUACAGGGGCGGCAACCGGCGGCUGACGGCGCUGCGGCUGGUGCGCGAGGGGGAGGCGGCGGAUGUGUGGGCGGCGUACCAGGGGCAGAGCUCCGGUGCGGGCCUGCCGCCGCCGCUCGGCGAUGAGUUCGUGCUGGGGAACCGCGUGCCGGACUAUGACUCUGGCCCCGGCUACGAGACGUACAAUGUGGGGCCCUACAACGACUACAUUGUGGCGGUGGAGGGCUGCUUCCACGCCAACGAGGUGGAGGGCCUGACGCUGGUCAGCCGCAGCGGCCGCCGCCUGCAGUUGGGCCGGGGCGGCUGCAGCAACUGGUUCAGGGAGGAAGCGCCGCCCGGCGGCUACCUGGCGGGAGCCUGGUCCAGCUUCCUCAACGCCUCAGCCUGGGACAUUUACACCAUUACAGUCGGAUUGCUGCCGGCUGGAAGCGCCAUACAGCUGCCCUUUCUGCAACAGCUGUCCUUCAUCUGGGCGGCCCCCUCCGGCUCGCCGCCGCCGGUCUGGGUCGUGCGACGUGCACCCGUGCUGGACACGUGGCGCCAGCCGCCGGCGUGCCCCUGGACGCCUCCCAUGGGGAUACAGUUCUAUGAUGGGGGCGUACAGGGGUGCAGCGGGGCAUUCGGAGGAAUUCCCGAGCAAUUCAAUUUCCGCACCUGCAGCUCCAACACGUGUUGUCAGUACGCGGAGGUCUGGAUCAGCGGAGCGGGAGUGUUCUCUUCUUGCGGCACCACGUGGACGGCCUGUCAGUCCAAGUGCGCAACAUCUUCGGGCCUGUGCGGCGUGAUUCCCGAGGCCACCACACUCCACUUCUUGGCGGUGCCAAGAAUCCCGCGCAUUGACCCGUCAGUACCCAUCGGCUUGGUGACAAUGAACGCGGCCGCAGCUGCGGGCGCUGUUGCGACAGUAACCUCAGCCGGCCCCACUGACGCCGCGUUGGGGUCGUACUACAUAAACAGGGUGGAUUCGAUGUCGUACGCCGAUGCCAUACAGUACUGCGCCCGCAGUUCGUACAUGGGCGCGGACUGGGAGCUGGUGCGCGUGCAGGACGCAUUCGACUGGGCUGCCAGCGCCUGGACUCGGAGGGACGCGCACGAGGCUGUGUCGGCCCUGGGUUUCAUCUGGGUAGCCGCGUCGCCCCCGCUGGCGGCUGACUCAGCGGCACAGCAGCCCACCACAUUUAGCUGCAUGCGGGUUGCAUUCGGCCUGCCCGAUGGCCUGGACUCGCCGUCCUCGACAGACAGCCACACUGUGGCGGUGGGAGACUGCGAGGCGCAGGCGGCGGUGGUGUGCCGGGCUGUGGCCAAGCCACUCAGUGCCUCUGCUGCGGCUGCGGCUGCAGCAGCAGCUGCUGUGCAGGCGGCAGAGGCCGCAGUGGCGGAUGCCGACACGAGCACCACCAGCGGCCUUGAGGGUGUGGACGUGGGCAGCACGUACCCGCCGGCGUCCGCAGUGCUGGGCGGCGGCAGCAGCUUGGGGGACCGGGGGCUGAUCAUCCCUGCAGCGGCAGCGGCGGUGUGGGUGCCGGGGCCACACACACUGACCGUCAGCAACAGGCGGCUUGGCAACGGACCAUACGUGAACAGUACUGCGGGUAGACAGGAUUUGUGCACUGUCGCCAUAGGCAACACAGACACGGCACCAAUUGGUAGCAUAAAUAACAGCAGCCUUGCAGCGCAACCCAGCAGCAGCAGCACAGGGGCAAUCGCAGGCCAGCGGGCAACUGCGGUCGUGACUUUGCAGCAGCCCAUCACAGCCAUCUCGGUCAGUGUUGCAGUGCAGCUCUCAAACGAGACCGACAGUGUGGCAGUGCUGUCAGCGGUGCGGCUGAGGCUGGGCACUGGCGGCAGCUGGCAGAGCAUGGGGCUGGUCAGCAGCGGCGGGUGGGAGACGUUCCAGCUGGCCCCCGGGGAGGUGGUGGUGGCGGUGAGUGGCUGCAUGGGCGGGUUCGUGGAGCGGCUGGUGUUCCACACCAACACCGGUAGGCGCUGGACGCAUGCGCUGCUGGGGGCGGCGGCGGCGUGCAGUGUGCCGUUCCUGGACUCGGCCCCGCAGCAGCCCGCGGCGGGUGGUGGUGGCGGCUACCUGGUGGGAAUGCAGGGCUCGGUUGGCUACUACAUCGGGUCACUGCAGCUAGUGUGGGGCUCACCAUUGCAGGCUGUCAGCGGGGCCCUAGGGCCGACGGCAGCUGUGUUGCCUGACGGGGUGCCUGUGGAUGGGACACGACCACAGCGGCCGUCAGCACUGCUUCCCAGUCAAGGCGCUGGCGCCCCGGUUGCUGGUCCAGAUACUGCGAACGUAUCAGAUACAGCAGCAGCAGCAGCAGCAGGCGGUGCUGGUGCCAGUGGCAGCAUGGCCCCCAGCAAUGUCGGCGGAAAUGGAGGUGUCCCAGUUGCUGCAGUGGCGGCGGGAGCAGCGACCGCAGGUGCUGCAGCUGUGGUGGCGGCGGCAGCCCUUGCGGUGGUGGUGGUGCGCCGGCGACGGCGGGGGCAGCAGGAAUUGGGGGCAGGCAAGGCGCCGCCAGCAGCACAGGACGGAAGCAUUGCGGGCGCCAUAAGCGAUGGAAGUGACGGCAGCAGCAGCUGCAGGCCUGCGUGCGUUGCGACAACGGUUGCAAAUGACCAGGCUGCGACAGUAGACAAGCACAUCAGCCUCGAUGUCACUGGGCUCCUGUCGGCAGUCGUCUGGUCAGCUACCACCUAUCGCCCAGGGCUUCAAUGUGCGGCUUCGGUUUCUAUUGUGCUGCAGCCGUCCGCUGCGGCUGCCUCGCCGUCUGUGGCGCAGCCCCCGCAUGCGCCUGUCAGCACAGCACCCAGCAGCUCAGCCACUGCCGGCAGCAGUGCGGAUGAUGCUGGGGCCGAUCCAGUAGCGGCAGCAGCGCUUGCGGCGGCGCUAGCUGCCCCUGCUGCUGCCGCAGCGAUGCAGGGACGGGGGGACACAGGGCCGCUCCUGGCCCCCAGCUGCUGCUGGGCGGCGGCAGCAGCGACUGCAGUGGGCGCUGCUGUGCCUCCAGCGGCGGCGGCAGAAGCAGGGGCACUCGCCACCGCAGCGGUGCCAGCUCCAGGGCAGCAACAGGCGGACUGGGCGGUGAUGCAGCCGGGUGACAUGGAAUCGAGGCUGGGAGCCUACAUGCACAGGCUGCAGGCGAGCAUUGCGUGGGACUCGCAGCCCAGGGGUCAGGGAGCCAUCGCGGCUCAUGCAGCAGGUGCCUCGCACGCAGCGAGCGGCGCGGACCCCGAUGGUUGGCCGCCCACGGCCGCCACCGUAGCAGCUGGCGGCUCCAACGGCCUACAGGGAUCGGGCCAUCCGGCUGUGAUCAACGCAGCGGCUGCUGUGGAAGUGGGUGAUGGCGGCACCGGCAAUGCUGUGGGGCAACAGGACAUUGGUGCGGCCAUCACUGGAAUGCAGGCGACCCUGGGGGCUCGUCAGCAGGGCGCUGGUCAGGGCCUUCACAUCCACACAGUGCUGGGGUGCGGGGCCUUUGGCGUUGUGUACUUGGGCACGUGGCGCAACCUGCGCGUGGCCAUCAAGACACUGGUGGUGCAUGACGCACUGGCGGGCGGCAAGGCCCGGCAGCGGCACCGCGCCAUCAUCGAGGCCGCCAUCUCCAAGUCCCUGCAGCAUCCCAACGUGGUCACCACCUACGAGGCGGAGGUGGUGCCGCUGGCCGUGGUGCCAGAAGCAGCAAUGACACAAGAUGGCGACGCCUGUGAGCCAGAAGCAAAGCCACGGCAUACGAAAGCCACUACCGCAGGAGAGGGUGACGUGUACAAGAUGCUAAUCAUUCAGGAGUACUGCAAUGUCGGCUCGCUUGCAGCUGCACUACAUGAAGGCGUGUUUGGCAGCAUUGCGUUUCGUGGGCCAGCCAUGCUGUGUGGGCUGACGCUUGCGCUGGACAUUGCGUGCGGCAUGAGGCACAUCCACAGCCGCAACAUCAUCCACGGCGACCUCAGUGCCGGGAACGUCUUGCUCUCAAGCCGCGCUGCCUCGGAUUGGCCGUCACUGGCUGCGAUGGACGGAGAGGCUUCUGGCGAGCUGCUGGCGCCGUCCGCUGGGAGCCUCACGGGUAGUGGUGAUGUCGCGCCAAACACAGCAGCAGCGCAGGAGCCCCACGAUUCACUGGCGGUGGCAGCGAGCGACGCGCAGCUGCUGCGGCCACUGGUGGGGCUGUGGCGGCCGCCAGUGACAGCCAAGGUUUCUGACUUUGGGCUCAGUCUCCCCAUGGGCGAGAACCAGACACACGCCUCCAAUCGCUUCCAGGGCACGCCCGGCUACGCGGCGCCCGAGGUGCUCAGCCGCGGCCGCCUGUCCCUGGCGGCGGACGUGUGGUCCUUUGGUGUGCUGCUGCUGGAGCUGUGCUACGGCAUGCGGUUCAGACAUAUUCUCGCACAGCAGCAGGCCGCACCCGGAGGCGCGGCGGGUGCUGGCGUUGCCAGUGCUGGCGAGCAAGAGCCAGGCGAGGAUGCGGGCACUGCUGACGGCGGCAGUACCACCAGCAGCGCUCCGGCAUGGGCGGCACUUCCUGCCACUUGCCCGCCGCAGCUGGCGGUGCUGGUGCGGGCGUGCCUCUCCCUCAAUCCCUUGGUGCGGCCAUCCUUUGACCAGAUUGCAACACAGCUGUUGGCCGUGCUGGUCGGUUCACACAAUGCAUGCCAGCAGGUUCCACUGCAGCCACAAUCAGUGGCAGCAGGAACACCAGGAAGGCAUGAUGAUUCAUAAGCACACGCUGCACGGCGGGCUAUAUCUGGGCAGUCAUGAAUGUAUCCUUCAUUUGGCGUUAUACGAUAUGUAGGAAAAUGGAGGAAGGGCCAACACGGUGCAUCUGUACGUGUACGGUACGUCUGAACAAGUUUUGUGCUUUGUGGCGUUGGCUAAUCAGAGAGGCUGCAAAAUGCCUUCUCGGUCAAAUUUGACUGUAGUCAUUGGAAUUGUGAAGACUUGUAGGGAUGGAGUGAGUCACGCGCGCGCGGUCAAGACAACGGUAGGGUGCAGGCUGCCAUUCAUAGGGGGCGUGCAAACAGGGUGCAGGGGUUCCCUGACGGGGGUUUUCUUGUGGUCGGGGCCAGCUGUGUUCCCUCGUUGGACCGUCCAUUUUUGUGUUGCAAUAGCACACACACACUUGGAGCACAUCGACACAACCUGCCAGCUACCGUCGGUACAGUAACAGCGCGCGAACGACGCACCAAUGCCUUGUCCCUUCUUGCUACGCAUUUAUGUGGGCACGGGUGGGAGCCACACACAUCGGGACUACGCUUUCCUGCCCCUUGCCAUGUUCCAUCACGAACACACACUUGGAGCCCGGAAUUCGAGUACGACUGUUUCGCAUAUGUUUUAGGCGUGAGAGCUUCAAGUGCUCAGCUUGCGUACAGCUGUAAGCUCUGGACCUC